UCCGCGGCCGCCGGAAGGGGAAGUUUCGCCUCCGAACGUUCCCUCGCUCGUCCGAAUUCGGUGGCGCCACGUCCGUCGGUCUCCGCCUUCUGCACCGCGACCUGGGCGGCUUCCGCCUGGACACCUUCCACUCUCGAAGCCGGCCGCGUCGAGAAGGGGCCGGGACGGGGAGUCGGGCGGCUGUGCGCAUCCUGGCCACCUAAGAGGCGAAGAUGUCGGACAUCGGGGACUGGUUCAGGAGCAUCCCGGCCAUCACGCGCUAUUGGUUCGCCGCCACCGUCGCGGUGCCCUUGAUUGGCAAACUCGGUCUCAUCAGCCCGGCCUACUUCGUCCUCUGGCCCGAAGCCUUUCUCUAUCGCUUCCAGAUUUGGAGACCCAUCACUGCCACCUUUUUUUUCCCUGUGGGUCCAGGAACUGGAUUUCUUUAUUUGGUCAAUUUAUAUUUCUUAUAUCAGUAUUCUACACGACUUGAAACAGGAGCCUUUGAUGGGAGGCCAGCGGACUAUUUAUUCAUGCUCCUCUUUAACUGGAUUUGCAUCGUUAUUACUGGCUUAGCAAUGGACAUGCAGUUGCUGAUGAUUCCUCUGAUCAUGUCGGUGCUUUAUGUCUGGGCCCAGCUGAACAGAGACAUGAUUGUGUCAUUUUGGUUCGGAACACGAUUUAAGGCCUGUUAUCUACCCUGGGUUAUCCUUGGAUUCAACUAUAUCAUCGGAGGCUCGGUCAUCAAUGAGCUCAUUGGAAAUCUGGUUGGACAUCUUUAUUUCUUCCUAAUGUUCAGAUACCCAAUGGACUUAGGAGGAAGAAAUUUUCUGUCCACACCCCAGUUUUUGUACCGCUGGCUGCCCAGCAGGAGAGGAGGUGUGUCCGGAUUUGGCAUGCCCCCUGCUAGCGUGAGGCGAGCAGCUGAUCAGAAUGGUGGAGGCGGCAGACACAACUGGGGACAGGGCUUCCGACUUGGGGACCAGUGAAGGAGUGGCCUCCAGCCUGCUCACCAGCCACUCUGCUCAGAUGAAGUUUUCCUCCCAGUGCUGGGUGUGCUCAGCAACUGCGUCCCAGCAAACACUGGUGGACCUGGCCCACACUGAAUGUAGUCUUUCCGUACAAGACACCAUUUUUUAAAUCCUGAAGAAAAUAUAAGUGUUCCUCAAGUUUCGUGAUUCUCAUUCAAGUCCUUUCUGCUAUGAAGAACAAACGUCAACUGUGCAAAUUUCAGAAAUGACUAUGGUUUUUGGUGUCUCCUCUUCCUUUUCUGUCCAAAUGAUGGGUUUUGCUAGGUCCUGGUCUGCUGUCGCCAACCUGGGCACCUGCGAUUGGGCCACCAAGUGCUUGUCAAAGGGGCUCUCACCUCUUUCUUGCACAUGCCUCCCUUCUACUUUUCCCACCCCCCCAGAUUUGCAGCUAGAGGAGGUUGCCCAUAAAGUGGUUCUCCCUUUGACAAGCUCUUUUAUUUAUUGACUUUUGCCAAGGCUUGGUCACGAAAACCUUGUUCAAACCUUUCUUCCCCUUUGGUGGCAGAGCUGUAACAGUAGCGGAGAAUAUGAACAGGGGACCAAGAGCCUUUUCUCAGCUUUGCAAUCCUGUGACCUGGUAUCAGUUGCAGCCACUUGCCAGCUCUUCAGAUGUUUUGAUAAAAAAGCACCGCUGGGUCAGCGAGGGCCGCAGAUUGGUAUUAAUAACGCAUGAAGGUGUUGCUAGGCCCUUUUUCCCUCAGUGACCACAGCUAUAGUGGAGUUGCGUCUUACACAGCAGCUAGCUUUAAACUGUGGUGGGAUAAUCCCUUUGCAUCUGAUGGGUGAGGCAUCCUGGCUGUGUGUGAACCCAGAGUAGCUGGGUUGUUUGUGCUAGAAAAUUCCAAGUCAGACUUCACCGGGAGAUGCUGUCUUUGAGAGGCCCCUGGGUGUUGAUUGCAUUUCAUUCCCAUUCUGGCUAUAUGUUUACUAAGUAUAGUGGUAAGAAAAUCCUGUGCCCUUUUUAAGAUGUCAGUUUUUUGGCCUCUCUUCCCCCUUUUAUGGCCACAUACGUCAGUUAAUUGUGAGGAGGGUGUAGCUCCUCCGUAUGAAGAUCAUAUUUUAAGAGCUAAUGCAAGCAAAUCUGAGUCACGUCAUUUUGGGUUGUAAUGGCUUUAGAAUCAUUGUGACUGAGGGUCUUUAUCAUUGAUUCACAAGUGUACAUCAGACCAACGUAAAUACCCACAAUUCCUUUCUCACAGGUGGGAAUUUCCAUCAGAGUUAGGCCUGUCACCGAAUAAAGGGUUUUGAACAUGUUCCACACAGUUUCCUAUUUGAUGUUUUUUUCCGGAAGCAGACUGCGAGGAGCAGUGUGGCGUGGCUGCCGUACUUUAGACAACUUUUUAAAAAGGCUUCAGGCAUUUCGAUCAAGUUUAUUUUCGGGAAACUGCGCUAACAGGAUGGCUAUUCUUCACCCCACUCUUACACUGUGAUGUGUUAGCCAAGGAAGUGGGGUUUGAAAACAGGUCUUCCUUUUUCAUCAAGUUUGUGUGUAUUUCUCCAGACUUAAUUUGUAUGGCAGUGUAGGAGGGGGCGGAAUCUGAACCUUAACUGUCAGAUGUUCCGUGGCCGCAGUAAAAUGCACUGGUGACGUGUAGAAGCCAUGUUCCUGUUACGUUGCAUGUGCACUCUGUGCAGGAGUGGAAAUCACUGUUAGGAGGUGCUCACGGCCAGUGAGCUGGAGCCUCACAUGCCCGCUCAGCAGUGCGACUGCCAAGAGCAGAGGUGUUUCUAAAGGUUGUUACAGAAUUCUUUGGGUCAAGGCAAAAUGCUCCUUAAAUUCGUCCUUUUAAAUGCAUGUUAGGAGCUGAUUAUUUUAUUAAUCUUACCUGGAUUACCUUUCUCCUAGGAAUAAUUUUAGCUAAGCAAACUCUUUGAGAUUGGUUUGGCAAGGCAAGACGUGACAGUGGAUUCUCUUUAUGAAUGAAAAAAAUCCUUAUUUUGUGUAGAAAAUUCCCUUUUUGUAACUAAUCAUUUUUAUUGGUAAAAAAUUGUAAAUUAAAAUGUACAACUUGA